AUGUUGGAAAUGGGCCUGCCUUUGUCUGGAGUUGCAUGGCUAUCGCAGUUCCAUUCCUUACUUCCUUCUGAAUUCUCUUCGUGCCUAAACACAAAUAUAUCACCCAAAGAGCUAAUAACCUCUUUAGGACAUAAAAAAGGAAGCUCGAAUGUCAAAGAGGAGUUUAUAAGAGAACUACCACCACUUGAUCAAUACAAAGCUCCAAAGUAUCCUAUUGUUCUAUGUCAUGGGCUUUCCGGGUUUGAUAAGCUUAUUUUAAUUCCAUCAGUCUAUCAACUGACAAAGAUGAUAAAGGCAAGUAUUCUUUCCAAUCAUUCUGACUCUUUCAUGGAGGAUUCUAGUGAUGAUGAUUACAAGGAUGAGGCCUUCUUACACGUGGACUACUGGAUAGGAAUAAGAGAGGCUCUUGAGGCAAAAGGUUGUACCGUCAUAACAGCGAAAGUGCCAAGUUUUGGAAGUAUCGAGGAAAGAGCCAAGGCGUUAAACAAUUUUAUUGAUACGGAAUUAGGAAGGAUGAAAAGAAAUCUAUCAAAAUCUGAUGUCUACAAUACUAAAGGGGAGAGUUCUAGUUCCUUUACUGAAGAUGACAAAAUCAAAGUUAAUCUGAUUGCACAUUCCAUGGGAGGACUAGACUGCAGAUAUCUAAUAACCAAUAUUCCUAACAAAAACUUCAAAGUAAGUAGUCUAACAACAAUAUCAACCCCUCACCAUGGAUCCGAGAUGGCUGACUAUGUGGUGAACCUUUUCAAUGAUAUUACCGAUAAUUUCGAUCUUAAAGUGAAGAAAAAGCUGCUCCCACCUGCUUUUUACCAAUUAACCACCAGCUACUGCUCAUAUUUCAACAAUGUAACGCCAGAUGAUCCGGAAGUUUCAUACUUUAGUUAUGGAGCUUGUUUUCACCCACGCUGGUACAACAUGUUUUACAUGCCGUGGAACAUCAUCAACAACUUGUCGGGCGGAGUUCCUAAUGACGGUAUGGUAAGCAUCGAAAGCGCAAGAUGGGGCAAUUAUUUAGGCACGUUAGAAAAUGUAGAUCAUUCUGACUUGAUAAAUUGGAAAAAUAGGAUACAAAAACAGUUACAAUACCGUAUUCAAGAUGCAGUUAAAACUCCUCAAAUACCAGACAUCGAUAUUCUUCAUUUCUACCUUAAAAUUACAGAAGACUUGGCGAAAUUAGGAUUUUAG